AUGUCGAUUAGUUCCCUUCGGAGCAUGUAUGAGGGGAUUCGCAGCGAUCUGCAAACCAUGGAUGACUUCCCCAAAGGGGCUCCCGUGACCUCGCUCGAUCGGCUUCUGGUGCACAUUUCGGGUCAGCUGGUGCAUUUCAUCUCGGGGCGAGUGGACAUGGUCGGCCUGUAUGAGCACAUGAGUGCGAUCGGGAUGGGGAAGGUGGUGAACUACGACGAGCUGCACGAGGGGAUCUCGGGGAUCAUGCAGGAAUACCACAAGCUCUUUCACCAUCCGCUCCUCACGCCUCUCAAGUCGUCUUUCACGUUGGAGUGCGAGAGUCUUUUGCAUAUGAUAGAGGCGCAGAAGGAGAUGCAGUUAUGGAGGUUCCUUCCUUCCCUCCUUGCAUUGCAUGAUGCUCAUACCAAGCUUGCUUCUUGGGCUGCUCUCUUCCAGUCCAAGGAGGGGCGGAAGUUUGGUUCUACGUUUUUCAAGACCAAUCAGCAGGAGGCAUUGUAUCAGUGGCACAUACGCUUCAAGGGUGCUCUUGUAUCCAAGUUCUCCCUGUAUUUCCACUCGAUUCUGUCUCGACAGACCUCUGUACCACAGAUCAAAACCCUCUUCUCUAGGCUCAGCUGUGACUACUAUCAGAAGAUAGUGAACUUUCAACACAAGCACGAUGCAGUGGCAGUGACACUGGUGCUGGAUGCCCAUGAUCUCCCAGAUUACAGAGGAUUUGGUUAUCAUCAUCCUCUGAUACCUGUGAAAUCUCCUCAGGGCAUGGAGUCUUUUCCUGCCAUUGUUGCCUACCCAUCCAAACCUACAUCACACUGGCCAAACCUGGUCAUGAUCCUCUCAGAUUCAGCCAGUGAACUGACUGCCAUGGAGAAGCCUUUUCUGUCUUUUUAUGACAAACAAGUGGACAGCACGUACUUCUUGGCUCGUAUCGAGCCUCGAAUCACACUCGUUCUCAUCUUCAAGUACAAACACUCUGAGAAGGAAGGGGUGAUUGUGAACUUUCUCACAGAAAUGAGCCUGCAGUUGCGCUGCAAUCGUGUCCUUGCCACCCUCAAGAAUGGAUGAUGCCACAUUUUUCCUUUCCUCGACUUGAUAAUAUGAAAAACAUUGCAUUAUUUUGGAAUAUGAGAUUAUUUUCUUGGCU